AUGCCCCCCAAAGCUCCGGUGCUGGUCGCCAUACCACUCCCCCCAGCAUUCCUCCUUCCACGAUCCAUCCUCCAGCCGUCAACGCCCACAAUACAAAAACGCACCUUCGGCAUCAGAUCAAUAGACCGCCCCCGCCACGACCGCUACCACCCCAAAUCCCUCGCCGCGAGUCAAGAAGCAGCACAUAAACGAAAAGAGCUCGCCGAUGCGCUCCCCUACCGCACCGGCGCACUCGCCAUCAAGAAGGGCAUGACCUCGCUGUACGACGAAGAAGGCAAGCUCAUCCCCGCCACCAUCCUGCAAUUCGACCGCAACCAAGUCGUCCUACACAAGACACGGAAAGUGCACGGGUAUUUCGCCGUCUGCGUUGGCGCGGGCGUCAAGGCGGCAAAGAACGUGCCCAAGGCCGAGCUGGGCCAGUACUCGGUGCAAGGCGUGAGUCCAAAGAGGUAUCUACAGGAGUUUCGGGUGCGGGACGAGAGGGGUCUCUUGCCGGUGGGCUCGUCGAUACAUGCAGAUUGGUUCCAGCCGGGCCAGUUCAUUGAUGCGCGGUCGCACUGUAAGGGGAAGGGGUGGCAGGGCGUGAUGAAGAGAUGGGGAUUUCACGGUCAGGAUCGGAGUCACGGUGUGUCGCUGACGCAUAGGAGUAUGGGCUCUGCUGGAGGAGGGCAGGGAAGCGGUAGUCGAGUGCAUCCAGGGAAGAAGAUGGCGGGGAAUAUGGGUGGGCAGAGGGUCACGAUGCAGAAUGUCAAGGUGCUGCAGAGUGAUGCUGCGAAAGGCAUAUUGCUGGUCAAAGGCGCCGUAUCCGGACCCAAAGGCUGCGUUGUCAUGGUUCAGGAUGCACUAAAGAAGCCCUGGAUAAUGCCUCCUCCUUUGAUCGACUUUGACCCGAAGGACGUCGAUCCUGCCGAGGUCGUGGAUCUAUCGCAACAACCCGACGCAACAACGGCAUCGACGGUCACUGCGUAA